UGGGAAGAAAUCAUUCACGUGACCUGGCGAUGGAUCGCGACUCGGCGAAGUACCAGGAUUCCGACGCGUCAGUUCGCGACAUCAUCGAUUUUAUCAUCCACCCCAUCCAAUGUGAGAAAGCCAGGAAUCCCCAUCAUUGCUUAUCCGACAACCAAGUGUCCAAGAUGCCUGUGUAUGUUUCAAUCCAUUUUCGACGUGAACUCUCUUAUCUGACUGUUGUAGACCUGGUGAGCAGCAUUUGGCUUCAGGCGGGCGAACAGCCAUAACAAACCCAUUUGAAGAAGUGCGACCGCGAAUCUCUGAAUACACCGCCCAAGAAAUUAUUACCCUGCAAACAAGGCUUGAUAAACAACUCGGUCCGGAAUACAUUUCUUCGAGAGCGGGGCCUGGAGGCCAGAAAAUCCACUACUUGGCGGGGGAGAAAUGUAUCCAACUCGCGAAUGAAGUUCUGGGUUUCAAUGGCUGGUCAAGUCAGAUUAGGGACUUGCAGGUUGACUAUGUCGAUGAGAAUCCACAGACUGGAAAGGUUUCCCUGGGGCUGUCCGUUGUCGUUAGGGUCACACUUCGAGAUGGAACAUACCAUGAGGAUUUGGGUUAUGGGCAUAUUGAGAACGCAAAGGGCAAAGCCGCUGCAUUCGAGAAAUCGAAGAAAGAGGCCACCACAGAUGGGCUGAAGCGAGCACUACGUAUGUUUGGAAAUGUGCUGGGCAAUUGCAUCAAGGAUAAGGAUUAUUUGCAAAAGGUUCUAAAGGUCAAAGUACCUGCACCGAAAUGGGAUGUCGACAAUUUACAUCGCCACUCCACAUUUGCUGCUCCGGUUAAGCAGGAAGCUGUGGCUACAAAAGCAAUCGACGAGAAGCCCCACAAUGCAUCCAAUGGAAGCAGCACCAGUAACAAUAGUAGGUCGAGUCCGGAGUUUUACUCAAUGGUUUGACUAACGCCAUUUGUAGCCCCGACCGAUACCUUUGAUGACGAAUUCGGAGGUAUGUACUGCGCAGCCAAUUGUAUGGUUUUUCAUCUGACCUUCCAUAGAUUUUGACGAAGCAGAUUUCAAUGUGGCAGACCCCGAUUCCCACCCUGAUGAAGUCGUGCUUCCGGCGCCAGCGGCUGCCUCGCAUCAUUUUCCCGGACAAAACAAUAACCCAAACAUAAAUGCGAAACCUCAGAACCAAACUCGUCCUCCCCAGAUCAGAUCACAGUCUAUGGCUGCCCCACCAGGCCGUCCGCAGGCUGGAAAUGCUCCAAAUACGAACCCCCAAACACCAAAUGCAGGAUUCAGCAGAUCCACAUCCGGUGCUGGAGCCCAAUCGUUCCGGCCUCCUCAAGAAAAUGGUCCUCAAUCACGGCCCAUUCCCCAAGGCCCCCCUCACCCAGUUGUCAAAAGAGUUUUAAACCAACCAAGUCGCAGCAACGGCAUGGGUUCAGCUCCCGUAUCUCCCGCACGUCCGCCCACUGAUGAUCUGGACUCUGUCGGUCUCCCUCCCCAAGGAGCAGGAUUCUUUUCCGCCCGCGGAGUAGCAGGAGUAAUAGGCAAAAACGGAAAUGGUGAUAACGCAGAUCCCAACGCACCACCACUUCCAAUCCCAGCAAACAUCGCAGCAUUCAAUCCCAACCUGGAAUCGCCCUCCAUACGACGCUCUGAAGGUGUAGACCACAAGUCUUCGAAGCCUCUAGGCAGAGAUGGAAAGCAUAUUCCCUCACCCUCACCAGCUGUAGGUGCGCGAAAUAUCAUCAAUCCCAAGCUGGAUACCACGAGACGGAUUGGGGCACCGGGCAGUCCGAGUCCUAUGGCCAAUAGGAAUAUGUACAAGCCGCCCUCGAAGAGACCUGUUGACUCGAGGGCGCCGCUUGUGGAUUUACCUGCUAAUGGUCAUUUGGGGGGAGGUGAUGUGGGAGGUGAUGCUAAGAGACAGAGAAUGAAUGGUUGAGUAGCUUUGUUGGGGAGGCAAAACAUACAUGGGCGCGAUGCCAGGGAACCUUUUGGGUGUGGCGUUUUUGGGGCUUGUGUGUAUUAUCGAGUUCGAUAUUUGGCGUGCUGGGCGUAUGUGUGCUGGGCUUGUAUGAUGGGAAAUAGAUUACCAGUUUCUUCAAGACUCGCUUUAAGUAGAGUGGCACAAAGGUUGCUAGAUCUCGCUUGGGGGGGUAAGAAGCUACAAGUAAGGUGGAAUACUUUCACAAAUAAAAUUUUCAUUUCAC